AUGCCGGGUUUUCAGUUCGGCGCCUGGUGGCGCUAUCGACUAAGACAAAAUAUUGGUAUUUUCUUCAUCUUUGGGAGGAAAGAACUACUGGGAAAGGCCGCAGGGUGGCGCUGCAGCCUUAGAAGUGGAAACUGCAAAAGCAGCCCCUCCUUGAGCUGGAGACACUCGGCCAGAGAAGCAGACGGGAAGAGGAGGCUUUCAAGGCGGUGGCUCCGGGAAAUCCGGGACCAGAUUGUCUUCGUAUCCUGGUAUCUGCAAAAUUCCUGGGAGACGGGGUCAGCAUCAAUACAGAUCCCACCUGGGUCCUGUUUGCUGAGAGGCCUGAAGAUGUUGGAGGCCGGAGAGAAAAAGCACGUUCUGAAACAAAGGCAAGUCCUACUAUUCUUUGUUUUGCUGGACCUAGCUCAGGCUGGUUUCGAACUUGGGCAUUAUUCGGUGACCGAGGAAAUGGAAAGUGGUUCCUUUGUGGCUAACUUGUUGAAAGACCUGGGCCUGGAGACAGGCGAGCUAGCUGCGCGGGGGGUCCGGGUCGUUUCCAAAGGGAAAAAAGUGAGUUUGCAGGUUGAUAGGCAGACUGGAGAUUUGUUGUUAAAUGAGAAACUGGACCGGGAGGAACUGUGCGGCCCCGCAGAGCCCUGUGUACUACCCUUCCAGGUGUUACUGGAAAACCCCUUAAAGAUUUUCCAGGCGGACCUACGGAUUAGGGACAUAAAUGACCAUGCCCCAGUUUUUCUAGAUGAAGAAAUAAUUUUGAAAAUUCCAGAAAGUAUCCCUCCUGGAACUACUUUCCUAAUAGAACGUGCCCAAGACUUAGACGUGGGGAACAACAGUCUGCAAAAUUACACAAUAAGCCCCAACAGCCACUUCCAUCUUCAAUUGCAAGACAGUCCGAGUGGCAUCCUACCACAGCUGGUGCUGGAUAAAGCCCUGGAUCGAGAAGAACAGCCCCAGAUCAGACUAAUGCUCACAGCGCUAGAUGGUGGCAGUCCUCCCAGGUCUGGCUCCGCCCUGGUCCGCAUUGAAGUGGUGGACAUCAACGACAAUGCCCCUGAGUUUACAAAGCUGCUCUAUGAAGUGCAGGUCCCAGAAAACAGCCCCGUUGGAACCCAAGUUGCCACUGUCUCUGCUAGGGAUUUGGACAUUGGAAUUAAUGGAGAAGUAUCUUACACAUUUUUUCAGGCCUCAGAAGACAUUCGCAAAACGUUUCAAAUAAACAGAGAAUCUGGAGAACUUCUUUUAACACGGGACCUGAAUUUCGAAUCUGUUCAGACAUACGCAGUAAAUAUUCAGGCGACAGAUGGUGGAGGGCUUUCUGGAAGCUGUGUGGUUUUCGUCCAGGUGAUGGAUUUGAAUGACAACCCUCCGGAAUUGAUCAUGUCAACUCUCAACAAUCGUAUUCCCGAAAACCUGCAGGACAUCAUAGUCGCUGUUUUCAGUGUUUCAGAUCCUGACUCAGGAGACAAUGGAAGGAUGGUUUGCUCUAUCCAAGAUGACCUUCCUUUCUUUUUGAAACCCUCUGUUGAGAAUUUUUACACUCUUGGGAUAACCACAGCCCUGGACAGAGAGAGUGUGUCCGAGUACAACGUCACCAUCACCGUCAGUGACUUGGGCACCCCCAGGCUGAAAACCGAGCACAACAUAACUGUGCUGGUCUCCGACGUGAACGACAACGCACCCACCUUCUCCCAAGCCUCCUACACCCUGUUCAUCCGCGAGAACAACAGCCCCGCCCUGCACAUGGGCACCAUCAGCGCCACAGACAGAGACUCAGGAGCCAACGCCCAGGUCACCUACUCGCUGCUGCCGCCCCACGACCCGCACCUGGCUCUGGCCUCCCUGGUGUCCAUCAACGCGGACAAUGGCCACCUGUUCGCGGUGAGGUCGCUGGACUACGAGGCUCUGCGAGCCUUCGAGUUCCGCGUGGGCGCCACGGACGCGGGCUCCCCCGCGUUGAGCAGCGAGGCGCUGGUGCGCGUGGUGGUCGUGGACGACAAUGACAACGCGCCCUUCGUGCUGUACCCCAUGCAGAACGGCUCUGCGCCCUGCACCGAGCUGGUGCCCAGGGCGGCCGAGGCGGGCUACCUGGUCACCAAGGUGGUGGCGGUGGACAGCGACUCUGGCCAGAACGCCUGGCUGUCCUACCAGCUGCUCAAGGCCACGGAGCCCGGACUGUUCAGCGUGUGGGCGCACAAUGGCGAGGUGCGCACGGCCAGGCUGCUGAGUGAGCGCGAGGCACCCAAGCACAGGCUCCUGGUGUUGGUCAAGGACAAUGGGGAGCCGCCCCUGUCUGUCACCGUCACGCUGCACGUGCUCCUGGUGGAUGGCUUCUCUCAGCCCUACCUGCCUCUGCCUGAGGUGGCCCCUGAGGAGCCCCACGCUGACUCCCUCACGGUCUACUUGGUCAUCGCGCUGGCCUCGGUCUCCUCGCUCUUCCUCUUCUCGGUGUUAGUGUUCGUGGUGGUGCGGCUGUGCAGGAGGAACAGGACUAAUUUCAUGGGUCGCUGUUCGGUACCUGAGGUCCACUUUCCGGGUCACUUGGUUGACGUGAGCGGCACCGGAACCUUGUCCCAGAGCUACCAGUACAAGGUGUGUCUGACAGGAGGUUCUGGGACCAACGAGUUCAAGUUUCUGAAGCCUAUAAUACCCAACCUCCUUUCUCAGGGUUCUGAGGGGAUUAGUGACACAAAUGGUCGUUUCAGAAACAGCUUCGAAUUCAGUUGA